GGACAGCAGAUGUACAGCAGCCCCACACUAGCACCUGUCCGAGCACAACCCUCUGCCUCCAGCUGUGCAUUCCUCGUGACGCAGACAACGAUCCGCCUCCCAAAACAAACAGAAAGAAUCCGGUCUCGCUGACGCCCCGCCCACGUGCUUUCUUCUUCAAUCAGUGAGCAAGUUUUCAGUGGCGUCACCUCUACGCCCUUUAAUCUUGCUUUCCCCGGUAAAUGAUUGGCUGCAGGCUUUUCAGGUUGUGACGUUCUCGUGGACGCGCGCUGAAGGGGUUGUAACGCUGCGCGUUCCCGGCCGGAGCCCCAAUAGGAAUAAACUGGGUCUAUCUGGUGUAUGUGCGGGAACACCAUGUCUGCACCACUGCCUGCUAUCGUGCCCGCCGCCAGGAAAGCCACGGCCGCGGUUAUAUUCCUACAUGGACUUGGAGAUACAGGGCAUGGCUGGGCUGAAGCAAUGGCAAGUAUCAAGAGUCCACAUGUGAAGUACAUCUGUCCACAUGCACCCAUAAUGCCAGUUUCAUUGAACAUGAAUAUGGCUAUGCCUUCCUGGUUUGAUAUUAUUGGUUUGUCUCCGGAUGCUCAAGAGGAUGAGGUCGGCAUCAAGCAAGCUGCAGAAAAUGUGAAGGCAUUAAUAGACCAAGAAGUAAAGAAUGGAAUUCCUUCCAACAGAAUCAUCUUGGGAGGCUUUUCUCAGGGCGGAGCCUUAUCAUUGUACACUGCCCUGACUACACAACAGAAAUUAGCGGGUGUCGUGGCAUUAAGCUGUUGGCUUCCACUGAGAUCUUCCUUUCCUCCGGCUGCUGCUAAUAGUGCCAACAAAGAUGUAGCUGUUCUUCAAUGUCAUGGAGAAAGUGAUCCCCUGGUUCCGCUAAUGUUCGGCACUUUAACCUCUGAGAAAUUAAAGACUAUAAUAAGCCCAGCAAAUGUCAAUUUCAAGACAUAUUCAGGACUAAUGCAUAGCUCAUGUAACCAGGAGAUGACAGACAUGAAGCAGUUUAUUGACAAACAAUUACCUCUGGUUAAUUGACAUCUUGAAUCGUCGUAGAACCUGAUACCAGCAACGGUUACUAAUAUAAAAGGAACCUUGUCGAUAACUGAAAAUAAAAACUUUGUACAAAGAAACUGCAGACCCCAUUGGAUAGAGGAUUCAUAGUUGCAGAAUAUACUGCAGAAUAAAAAUUACAAAUCUAGCAAACUGUUUGCUGUAAGCUUCCUAAAAAAAGUAAGGGCUAAUUAACCUUACUUUAAGAGCCUUGAGCCAAAAUCACCCAGUGUAGCACUGAGGGAUAUUACAACUUGUUAAAAAAAAAAAUUUUGGUUGGUCACGCUAACUUCUUUCUAUUGUUUGCUGUGUGUAGAUUAUUAAAGGGCAAUUGGCAGCCCUCCAGGUAUUGAUAUCUGGAGGGCCCCUAGUUUCCCAACUAGAGUUCACAAUAGACAUGCCAAAAUGCUACGGGAAUAUGAUUUGUGUGAAUAUAAGAAUGUCUGGAACGGUCAGUCUCCAAACAGCAAUGUUAAAUGUUUAAAUCUAUAAAGGGGAAGUAUUUUUAAAGUACCAUGUAUGAAAGCUUUGAAAUUCCUUUUCACAAAGCAAUAAAACAGGAAAGAAAAAAAACACUUGCUAUUAACUGAAACUAAAUGAGGAUGUACACAACUACCAAAACAAAAGUAUUGAGGUACUAUAAAAAAUACAAAUGCAGUACAACCUUUGCUUUGUCCUCCUGCCCAGAUCUGUUAAAGGAGAAUUCAACCGUUAACCAGCCUAGCUGCCCUCCUUAGAGAAAUGCCUCUAACUUUUUACUUAUUGGUGCAGAUUCAGGGAUUGCAGUUCAAGGCAGCCAUCUUCCGGGUCUUUGUGUCUUCUUCCGGCGUUUGGCGAUUUCCGUCCAUUUCGGCUCAUGCACAGUUGUCGCAAACUGGGAAAUUGCAGCAACUGCACAUGCGCCGGUCUCGGUCACAGAAUACCGAAGACCCGGAAGAUGACUGCAGUGAACUGCGAUCCCUGAAUCUGCACCGAGGGGUAAGUAAGAAGUUAGGGGCAUUCCCCCGGGGGGGGGGGAGGUCUUUUCGGGGCAGGCCAUGAAUCUAUAGUACCUAAGGCACCAUUAAACACAAGACGAUGAGGCUUUGUUGAAUGAGAAGUACAGCAUGGCAAAACAUAAUGCAAGGAAUUGUGAUUGCAAGAAAGCAUUUACAUACUCAAUUGAAAUAAAUUGUGUGACCAGUCUAA